GUUGACUGGAUAGAAGAAGCGAGAAAAUUCCCUAGAUCCGACGAAGUCACAAAGUGUCAAUUUAUUUGUUUUACUGCGGUGCAGUGCAGUAUUCUUGCAUUUAAUUAGAAACUUUAUCAGUGAUAGUCAAAAUGAAUUGUCCAUUCAACGAGGAGCAACUGAACCAGUUGAAAGCAUUCGUCGAGUAUUGUAAAGGAGAACCGCAGAUUAUUCAUCACCCAAAAUUAAGUUUUUUCAAAGAAUACUUGUCUUCUCUGGGGGUUACUAUUCCUGGGCCGACACCUAGUGCUAAGAACUUCACACCGUCUGGGGAUACUUUCAGCUUCUCUGCCAACAACAAUGCUGAAGAAACAGCCACAGUGUCAUCUGGGGAGGAGUCUGAUGUUGAAUCUGAUGUGGAAUUGGAUAUGGAAGGUGUCAUAGAGGCAGAUAAAGUAGACGAUACUCAGAUAAUGGGAGAUGGAACAAAAGAGGUGACAGACGAGGAAAGAGACCAGUCUGAUGAAAAGAGGUCUGAGGCAAUGAGGGCUUUCUCUGAGCAACAAUAUGAUGAAGCCAUCAAACUGUACAAUGAAGCUAUACAACUCAAUCCGCAGAGUGCUUUACUGUUUGCCAAACGAGGACAGAUCUACCUAAAGAUGAACAAACCCAAUGCUUGUAUCAAAGACUGCACGCGUGCGCUUGAACUCAACUGCGACAGUGCUGCUGCAUACAAGUUCCGUGGGCGAGCUUACAGGUUGCUAGGCAAGUUCGAGGAAGCUUCCCACGAUCUCUGUGAAUCUCUCAAAAUUGACUAUGAUGACCAAACUAAUGAAUGGCUUACUGAAGUCAAGCCUAAUGCUGAGAAACUACGUCAACACAAACUUAGUGUUCAACGCAAGAAGGAAGAAAGAGAGCAUCGUGAAAAGUUGCGCAGAGCUCGUAAGGCGCAGGAAGCCAGAGCUCGCGCAGCACGUGCACAAGCUGAAGCCAACGCCCGAGCACCACCUACCGGUGGUUUCCCAGGAGCUGGUGGCUUCCCGGGAGCCGGUGGUUUCCCAGGAGCCGGUGGUUUCCCAGGAGCUGGUGGAUUCCCCGGAGCAGGUGGCGCAGGUGGUUUCCCUGCCGGGUUAAAUCCACAGGACUUCAGCAACCUGCUCUUUGACCAGGAAAUCAUGGCGGCUUUCCAGGACCCUGAAGUGGCUGCCGCAUUCCAAGACGUUUCGUCCAACCCAGCUAACUUUGUGAAGUAUCAGAAUAACCCUAAAAUCGCAGCUGUUAUAGAGAAACUACAAUCCAAACUAGGCAAAGGCGGAGCUGGUGGUUUCCCAGGUUUUGGCGGCGCAGCACCUGGAGCGGGCGGACCAAAAGCCCCCACAGACGACGAUGUCGGUCUUGACUAAAUCGCACCAAACAAUAUGCAAUAUUUGGUAUCAAAUUAGCAAUCAAAGUUGCAAAUUCAAUAGGUAUCUAAAGUACUUUGUAACAUAUUUAUAGUAUGGAGUGGGUAUUAUAAUUAACUAUGUCGAAACAAACCCAUGUGUAUAUUUGUAGCACUAAACGUAAUUGUAUUUCAUACAAUGUCCACUUGUGCAAUGUUCAUUUACAACUAGAUAUUUGGAAAAUGUUUAUAGAGUGUAUAACAGGUGCUUGUUACCCAAUUGCUACAAUAUAAUAAAUUAUCAAGUAAUAGAAAUUUUUAGUGAUAAAAAAGUAUAUUAUUGGUCUAUAACGAACAAAGGCUGUAGUUGCUAUCAUAACAAUACUAUUUGCAAUAAUUAUAACUACAAGUUUUAUAUUCACUCGUCUAUGUGUAAUUACGAUAAGCUUUUACUUUCACUGCAUUUAUUGUAACUAGAUAUACAAAUUUGCGUUUUGCCAUAUUAUGUAUUUUCUUAACCAAAAUUAAAUUUUUAUUAUUAAAUUCUUAGUCAUUA